AUGCCGGCAUACCACUCCUCUCUCAUGGACCCCAACACCAAACUAAUUGGAAACAUGGCACUAUUAUCCAUUAGCAGUCAAUUCAAAGGACCAGCUCCCAGAGAAACAAAAGACAUGGAUAUUGUGGAUGAAACUAUCUAUUAUUGCAAGGACAAUGUCUUCUUCAAAAACUAUGAAAUUAAGAAUGAAGCUGAUAGGACAUUGAUCUACAUAACUCUUUACAUUUCUGAAUGCUUAAAUAAACUCCAGAAGUGCAAGUCAAAAAGCCAAAGAGAGAAAGAAAUGUAUACACUGGGAAUCACUAAUUUUCCCAUUCCUGGAGAGCCGGGUUUCCUUCUUAAUGCAAUUUAUGCCAAACCUGCAAAUAAGCAAGAAGAUGAAGUCAUGAGGGCCUACUUACAGCAGCUGCAUCAAGAAACUAGGCUGAGGCUUUGUGAGAAGGUCUUUGAUCCUCAGAGCAACAAGCCCAGCAAGUGGUGGACUUGCUUUGUGAAGAGGCAGUUCAUGAACAAGAGUCUUUCGGGGCCUGGGCAGUGACCAGGUCUUGUGCAGUCAUC